AUGGACUUCUCGCUGGCUGCAGCACUCAACUCGGAGUUCAGGGAGACGCGCACCAACGAGAAGGUGGAGAUGAUGGAGCUCAACGACCGCUUCGCCAGCUACAUCGAGAAGGUCCGGCUCCUGGAGCAGCAGAACAAGGUGCUGGUGGUGGAGCUGAACCAGGUGCGGGACCAGGAGCCCUCGCGUCUGGCCGACGUCUACCAGGAGGAGCUGCGUGACCUGCGGCGCCACGUGGAGCAGGUGGCCACCGCCAAAGUAACGGCGCUGAAUGGGUAACGAUGCCGAAGGAGUAACGGUGCCUCUCUGCUCGGGCAAAGGCUGCAGGACGAGGUGACCCUGCGGAUGGAGGCUGAGAGCAACCUGGCUGCCUACAGGCAGGACGUGGACGCCGCUGCCUUGGCUCGCCUGGACCUGGAGCGGCGAGUGGGGACCCUGCAGGACGAGAUCGCCUUCCUCCGCAAGGUCCACGAGGAGGUAACCCCGGACCUGACAGCCGCUCUGCGCGACAUCCGCAGCCAGUACGAGGCCAUGGCCGCCAGCAAUGUCCAGGAGACGGAGGAGUGGUACAAGUCCAAGUUCGCAGACCUGACGGAUGCAGCCGCCCGGCAUACGGAGGCCCUGCGCGUGGCCAAGCAGGAGGCCAACGAGUACCGGCGUCAGCUCCAGGCCCUCACCUGUGACCUGGAGGCUCUGCGGGGUUCGAAUGAAUCCCUGGAGAGGCAGCUGCGGGAGCUGGAGGAGCGCUACGCCCUGGAGACAGCCGGCUACCAGGACACGGUGGUGCGGCUGGAGGAGGACAUCCGCAGUCUCAAGGAGGAGAUGGCCCGGCACCUGCAGGAGUACCAGGAUCUGCUCAAUGUCAAGCUGGCCCUUGACAUUGAGAUCGCCACGUACCGCAAGCUGCUGGAGGGCGAGGAGAGCAGGAUCACCAUCCCCGUGCAGAGCUUCUCCAACCUGCAGAUCCGAGAGACCAGCUUGGACACUAAAUCCAUGUCAGAGGCCCACCUGAAGAGAAGCAUCGUGGUCAAAACUGUGGAGACCAGAGAUGGAGAGGUGAUCAAGGAGUCCAAGCAGGAGCACAAGGAGGUGGCGUAG